UCAUUGUUAUUAUAAUAUCGUGGGUGCAUGGCGACGGCCGCCUACAUCAUUAUUUAUUUGCGUAAUUUUGACAUUAUUGUUAUUAUUUUUACGCCGCGCAUAAACCCGCUGCAGAUAUUGAGACCACGAACGAAACUGUGCCAACACGAACAUAAAAAUUGUCUUCGCUAAACACAGUUAUGCCGUAUAGUGAAUCCGUAUCUAUGAAUCGGAAUAUUCCGAAAGCAAAAGGCUCUCCGAAAUGGAGACGACCCAAGCCGUCCGCUGACAAGACUCGUUUUAUGGAAAAGCCGAAUUUUACUACGCGUACCGGAAAACUGGUCGAUGUGUUGUACGGGCGCCGUCACUGCAACUCCAGAGGCGACAUAACUCUGCUGUGCACUUACUUCGAAGCAAAUGAAAGGCACAAAAGACUUCCAAAGGGGUCGAAAUCAUUUGUUAAAAAUGAAACCUCUAAUGAUAACUUCUGUUCAGACAAACGCAAACUACGUACUACAAAUAUUGAAAACGAACCAAGCUACAUGUUACAACAAUACGAUAAACCCUCAGCAAAAAUUAAUGCGGUUCUCAAAGAUCUAGGUUUCGUGUGUAAUAAUGAUAAAAUGUAUACAUUUUAUCCAUCACAGAUAUACUACUUUAAAGACGCUCAAAAGCAUAUUACCAGAUAUGGUCAGAAAAGUUAUAUUGCACCAAAACUAAAAAAUUCAAUAGACAGUUAUGAUGGAUAUAAUCAAAACGGAAGACAUCAAAAGUUAAUUCACUCUAAAACAUACCCGGAAAACAAUAAUUAUUACAACAACAAUUACAAAAUUGAAGUAUGAAACAUAUUUGAAUUAAUAUUACUUUUAAAAUUGUUCUUUGUAGUUAGCUUUUGAGUAUAAUUUCAAAAUUUUAAUUCCAUUUGUUUUGCAAAUAAU